AUGAGUGAUUUCGUACUAAAUGAUAGCGAUACAGAAAUUGAUUCAGACGAAGAGUUACAAGAAGCAUUUGCGAAGGGAUUACUGAAGCCUGGCCUUAAUGAAGAAAUAGAGAAAGUUGAAAAAAGAUACACUAAUAAUGUAGCAGAUCUUAGAGCAAAAUUGAAAGAAUUUGAAUUAAAAUUGCCAUGGGUUGAAACUUUGGACUUGGUUACCUCAGUUGCGCCGAUGGCCCCUGAUGUUGCUCUGCAAAUGCAACAAACAGCACAGCGAAGAAAGAAUAUUAAAGAGAAUACAAAAGGAAAUCAACUGUAUGAUCCAACUCAAGACCCAGUUUUAAAUGAGUUUAAAAGAGAGAAUCUGAUUCACAGACAGGCACAAGCUGCAGUUCUUGAUGGAAUCAAGAGGCUUAAAGAACUGAAUAUUCCAACUAAAAGACCAGAUGACUAUUUUGCAGAAAUGGCAAAGUCAGAUGAGCAUAUGCAGAAAGUUAGAAAGAAUUUGAUGGCAAAACAAGCUGCUCAGGCUAGAACAGAGAAAGUUCGCCAAUUAAGAGACCAAAAGAAAAUAGCUAAGAGAGUACAGAUUGACACUAAACUAAAACAAGCUGCUGAUAAGAAGCAAAUGUUAGAACAAUUGAAAAGGGUCAGGAAAGGAAAGUCAACUGAUUUGGACUUUUUAGAAGAUAACAAAGGCAAAAAUGCAAAUAAGGGGGGCAACCCAAAAAACAAAGUUAAUAAAAAACGAGCUAUGAAAAAUGAGAAAUUUGGCUUUGGAGGUAAAAAGAAGGGAUCUAAACUGAAUACAAGAGACUCGUCAAAUCAAAUGGAUGGAUUUAACAGCUCAGCUAAGAAAAAGCCGUUUAAUUUUAAAACUAAGAACUUUAAGCCCAAUAGUAAGAAAAAUGUGAGACCUGGUAAAUCUAAGAGGAGGAAUGCUAAAAGA